CACACAUCGCCACUUUGUUGACAUUUUCACGCCGCUUGACAUUGCUGUAUUGUAUAGUUUCUGCAUUUGUUUUGACCAUAAAACUUCGUAUAUUUGCUUUAUCUGGAAGUGAUUGUAUUUGCCUGCUGUUUGGAGCUAUAGGUAGUAAGAAUGUGACGAAGUUUGAUAAAUCAGUGCUUUUAUCAGUUUUGAACGAGUAGUACAGAUAGAAUUGUUGGGAUCUAGCGGGCCACCAGUUAUGUGCGAGGAUCGUUCAGCAUGGAAGUGUUAACAAUCUAACGUAGCCCUGGUCAAAUCAUCACCUCACCAUGGAAGGUGAUCCCAACCUGAAAUCCGAGCAUGCAGAGAUACGUUCUUUUGUUCUCUUCAAAAACCACACCGAGCGGACGGUGGACAUCUACUGGGUGAACUAUUCGUCAAAGUUCAUUCACUACUCGGCCCUAGCUCCGGCUGCUCAGGUGCCGGUCAAUACCUACGUGACCCAUCCGUGGGUAUUCAUCGACAAGAUGACCGGCGAACGGAUGCUGGUCAGCAGUAAGCCUGUCUACUACCCGGAACCAUGGUACACGAACAUUGACAGCAACGGAAAGCUGAACCGAAUCGAAGUUCGAAUACAUUACCCUCUGCGAAGCUUGAAGGACAUCUGCACGUGGAAAGUUUUCUCUUCACUGCAGCAGAAGCACAACUUUCUCGAACUGGAAAUUCCAAGGACUCUGGUCGUCGAUCUGAGGUCUUGCUAUAAUCUCUACCUAAUGAGUAAUAAGCUAGCUAAGUAAGGGACAAGUGAUUUUGAUUAAGAUUUAGAAUUAAGUAGGCCAACUUGGUGGGACAAUUUUCCAGAAUUUUUUAUUCACUGGACAAGCAAAUAAAGGACAAUGUUCUUGAAGUAAAAUAAAAGUCGUAAAAAAACUCAGACUAGA